UCGGCGUUUUCUAUGAGCUGGGGUUGCACUUGAGAGUGUGACAGCGAGUGAGAGAAUAAAGUGAAAUGCAGAGUGAAGGCAAAUGCCGUUUUUAUACCUACUCCAGGCAGCUCUCUGUUUAAGACAGGGGUUUGUUCCCAAAGCGGCUUUUCCUCCUGGGAUUCUGUGAGGAACGGUGUGAUGAGACAGAGACAGAGUAGGGGUAGGAGCAGAGAGAGAGAGAGGAGAGAGAAUCCCAAGCAGACUCCAUGCUGUCACCAAAGAGCCUGAUGUGGGCCUCCAUCCCAUGAACUGUGAGAUCGUGACCUGAACCAAAACCAGGAGUUGAACGCUUAACUGAUUGAGAUUCAGGUUCCAGAGGGUAGAUUUACAGCAAGUUCUGCUGCUGUGACUCCACAGUGACUUCUCUGCCAUUCAGUGGGCCGUGACUUGAGUCAUCUCCAAAAGAUCUGGAUCUCAGCCCUAGGAGCAGUAGCUGCCUCUUAUCUCUGCUAUUCUUACGAAUCGUUGUUCUUGGGAAGAAUCCACUCUGACUCUCUCAGCCAUGACACUGGGAAUCCUCCCGGCCCCCAACUUGGGUCCCUUUUCACUUCUUAGUGCUUGAAUGCUACACAGAAGACAAUGAAAAUUCUGACUCAGGAAAAAAGCACUCAGUCUUCAAGCAAGGACAUCAUCCUGCACAUUCCCUGCAUCUUCCUAGGUGCCUUCUCUCCACAUUUGACUUCAUUCUGGGUGGUGACUGGCCACAUCAUCCUCACGUUUGGAGAUGCCUUACUUGGGCAAUAUUUGAGCCAUUGGCAGGAUGUUACCCUGUGAGUUGCUAUGAAAAGAGGAAACAAGACUUUGGGGACUUUACAGAGGAAAGACAGAAAGAACAAGAAGAGCUGAGAGGUAUCCUGAGAUGAGGGUCUUGAUCACACACCAGAUGUCUAGUAAACAACUCCAGGCUUCCACAGACCUAUUCAUCAGACCGUUCAGGUGGCACAUGAUUGUGAUUGUGGGAUCAGUCAUUGCAAUUUGUAUCUUGUACAUCAGAGUUUCCUGGCCUAACAGCAUGGCCCCUCUGCCCCCACAGCCCCGCCCCGCCUGCAAGUCCUCUGGCUCUCUCCCCAAGGAGCUCUCGGACCUGACCCAUCUUCUGCACUGGCCUCCCACCCCAGGAGAUGCGGGGGACCUUUUGGCCUCCACCAGUCCCCAGACUUCCACUUACCACCUGAGGGAUCGUUCCCAGGCCAGCUACACCCUGGGAGGCUCCCUAGAGGCCAUCCUUGUCGCCAGAGACCACCAGGGCAGGCCCAAGACCUGUGGUGGAGAUCUGUUUCGGGCACAGCUGCUGGGUCCCCACCUGAAGGCAGGAGUCCCUGGGGAUAUCCAGGAUCUGGAGAAUGGCACCUACCUGUUGUCCUUCCCUCUGCUGUGGGCUGGGCAGGCCCAGGUGCGAGUGCAGCUGAUCCACUCCAGCGAGGCAGUUAGGGUCCUGCGGGGAAUCUGGAGAGACCAAUGGGCCACAGUUGAUUUCAUGGGCUAUUUCCGAGGACCCACAGGAUAUGAAGAAAUUGUGACUUGCAAUGUUAACCCCCUGCUAACUGGGGAGGAAGAGUCUACCUGUCACUACAAGGAUGAAGAUUCUGGUGAGCUCUGGUUCUGUGCUCGACCCCCAACCCUGCCCUGCAACUCACUGGUAGGGCAUUCAAGUGGACAUUACUGGAAUGUGACCACACCACACGAGGAGGCCCUGCUGGCAUGGAACGUGACAGACAAGGUCCUCCCUCAGGGUAUUUCUCCAAUCUGGGUGGCCAAGGAGAGCAACAAGAGUCUGGUUCUGUCCCCUCGACAACCAUGCCACCCUGGGAUCCCAGGCCCAAAGCCCUCUGGCUUCUACCACCAAGAUGUGUGGCACUCACUGUCCUGCUCCGGACGCUCCUUCUCCACUGUUGACAGCAUCCUGGGCUGCCUGGCUGGUCACGUCGUCCACAUGAUGGGGGACUCCACACUUCGGCAGUGGUGGGAGUACCUGCGCGACACUGUGCCCUCCCUGAAGCCUAUGGAUCUACACACCACAUAUCAGACGGGGCCCCUGAUGGCGGUGGAGACCGCUCGGGGCAUAGUGCUGCACUGGCGGGCCCACAGCUGGCCCCUGCACUCCCUGCACACACCAGUGGCCUCCCUGCACUCUGUGGUCCGGGAACUGGGGGGCCUGGCCGGGGGCCCCCACACAGUGGUGGUGCUGGGCCUGGGCGCCCACUUCACCACCUUUCCCCCAUCUGUCUUUGUGCAACGACUCGCAGGGAUCAGGGCAGCCGUGGCUGCGCUGCUGACCCGCGAGCCCCGCACUCUCGUGGUCAUCAAGCUGGCCAAUACCGGCUACAAGUCUGUGUAUGGCAGUGACUGGUUCACCCUCCAGGUGAACCGGCUUCUCCGAGCCGCCUUUGCUGACCUCCGUGUGGCCUUUGUGGACGCCUGGGAAAUGACCUCCAGUCUGGCUCUGCCCGACAGGAUCAACCCAGGGCGGCUUAUUGUCCGCAAUGAGGUCAACUUCCUCCUGUCCUUCAUUUGCCCCAUUUGAGCGCUUCUGCGGGUCCUGGGCUGUGUGGAUGGAGGCGCUGGUGUGAGGAUCAAGCCUGGAACCCCUUCCCCUCAGCUGUCUGUACCUCUUCUCUUAACUGUUUGUUUGUUUGUUUGUUUGUUUGUUUUGGAUGAGGGAAGAAAGAUUUUUUAUUGUAUUUUAAUUCAAACUUAUUGGGUUCCUGGUGAGUUUUAAAUUUAAAAUACUUUAUUAGCCAAUUCUCAGCGUUGGUUCUAUGAAUUGUUCAUCUCAUUUAACUAUUUUUCUCCUAGUUCUUUAGUGUUUGGGGUUUUUUUUAUAAUUUAACUUUAUUUUUUAUUUUUAAAAAUUUACAUCCAAAUUAGUUAGCAUAUAGUGCAACAAUGAUUUCAGGAGUAGAUUCCUUAAUGCCCCUUACCCAUUUAGCCCAUCCCCCCUCCCACAACCCCUCCAGUAACUCUCAGUUUGUUCUCCAUAUUUAUGAGUCUCUUCUGUUUUGUCCCCCUCUCUGUUUUUAUAUUAUUUUUAUUUCCCUUCCCUUAUGUUCAUCUGUUUUGUCUCUUAAAGUCCUCAUAUGAGUGAAGUCAUAUGAUUUUUGUCUUUCUCUGAUUGACUAAUUUCACUUAGCAUAAUACCCUCCAGUUCCAUCCACGUAGUUGCAGAUGGCAAGAUUUCAUUCUUUUUGAUGGCCGAGUAAUACUCCAUUGUGUAUAUAGACCACAUCUUCUUUAUCCAUUCAUCUGUCAAUGGACAUUUGGGCUCUUUCCAUCCUUUGGCUAUUGUCAAUAGUGCUGCUAUAAACAUGGGGGUGCAUGUGUCCCUUCGAAACAGCACACCAGUAUCUUUUAGAUAAAUGCCUAGUAGUGCAAUUGCUGGGUCGUGGGGUAGUUCUAUUUUUAGGUUUUUGAGGAACCUCCAUACUGUUUUCCAGAGUGGCUGCACCAGCUUGCAUUCCCACCAACAAUGCAAAAGAGAUCCUCUUUCUCCGCAUCCUCGCCAACAUCUGUUGUUGCCUGAGUUGUUAAUGUUAGCCAUUCUGACAGGUGUAAGGUGGUAUCUCAUUGUGGUUUUGAUUUGUAUUUCCCUGAUGAUGAGUGACAUGGAGCAUUUUUUCAUGUGUCGGUUGUCCAUUUGGAUGUCUUCUUUGGAGAAGUGUCUAUUCAUGUCUUUUGCCCAUUUCUUCACUGGAUUAUUUGUUCUUUGGGUGUUGAGUUUGAUAAGUUCUUUGUAGAUUUUGGAUACUAACCCUUUAUCUGAUAUGUCAUUUGCAAAUAUCUUCUCCCAUUCUGUCGGUUGCCUUUUAGUUUUGCUGAUUGUUUCCUUCGCUGUGCAGAAGCUGUUUAUUUUUAUGAGGUCCUAGUAGUUCAUUUUUGCUUUUGUUUCCCUUGCCUCCGGAGAUGUGUUGAGUAAGAAAUUGCUGCGGGCGAGAUCAAAGAGGUUUUUGCCUGCUUUCUCCUCAAGGAUAUUGAUGGCUUCCUGUCUUACAUUGAGGUCUUUCAUCCAUUUUGAGUUUAUUUUUGUGUCUGGUGUGAGAAAGUGGUCCAGGUUCAUUCUUCUGCAUGUCGCUGUCCAGUUUUCCCAGGACCACUUGCUGAAGAGACUGUCUUUAUUCCAUUGGAUAUUCUUUCCUGCUUUGUCAAAGAUUAGUUGCCCCUAUGUUUGUGGGUCCAUUUCUGGGUUCUCUAUUCUAUUCCAUUGAUCUGAGUGUCUGUUCUUGUGCCAGUACCAUACUGUCUUGAUGAUUACAGCUUUGUAGUGUAGCUUGAAGUCUGGGAUUGUGAUGCCUCCUGCUUUGGUUUUCUUUUUGAAGAUUGCUUUGGCUAUUUGGGGUCUUUUCUGGUUCCAUGCAAAUUUUAGGAUUAUUUGUUCUAGCUCUGUGAAGAAUGCUGGUGUUACUUUGAUAGGGAUUGCGUUGAAUAUGUAGAUUGCUUUGGGUAGUAUUGACAUUUUAACAAUAUUUGUUCUUCCUUGGAAGAACAUGGAAUCUUUUUCCAUUUCUCUGUCUUCUUCAAUUUCUUUCACAAGCUUUCUGUAGCUUUCAGUGUAUAGAUUUUUCACCUCUUUGGUUAGAUUUAUUCCUAGGUAUUUUAUGGUUUUUCUUCUCUUAACUUUUCUAAUGCACAGGCAAUAAAUCCACCAGUGAGAAUUGGGAUGUGGGGGGUGGGGGUGGCAGGUGAGGGAAACCUGGCAGUGCUGAAGGGAUGAGGCAGAGCCACAGCCAGAAACAUCUAUCAUAUCUGUGCAUAUAAGGAUUGUCAUUUUAUGUGCUGGAGUCUCCAUUUAGAAUGCCAGCGAGCCUUGAAAAGAUAUAAGAGAGGGAUUCCAUUUCAGUUCAUCAGAGCCACCCUCGUGAAGAGCCUGACUAUAUAUAUAAAGACUUUUCGGGGUUGAUUUGUAAAAUAAAAUAUUUCUCCUCAUCGUAAAAGUAAUGCAGUGCUUUUUGUAGAAAACUUGAAAAGGUACCAAAAAAAUAACAAUGAAAAUAAAAGUCACCUAGAAUCCCAUGGCUGGGAGACAAUCACUGUUGAAAUACAUAUAUUCCCAACAAUUUCUCAAUGCAUAAAAACAAAAUUCUAUACCUCUUCCUUUUAUUAUUAUUUUUAUUUACUCAAGAUAUAUCCGAUGGGUUUAUUUUGAGAUUCUAAUGGACAUUAAUUUGGUGUGUGUGCCCCUUGGUCAGUUCAGGUCCUACAAGAAGCAGGUGUCAAGAUAGGAUUAGAAGUGCAAAUAUGUUUAGUGGAAACACCUAUGAGAGAUAAUGCGGAGGAAGCCAGGUAAGGCUGGGAGAGCCUUCAGACCUGAUGCAAGGUUGACCUGGAGUAAAGGAUGGAGGGAAGGAAGGUUGGGUAGAAGCAUGCGAGACCAUCGUGCAGUCUAAGGAAAUUUUGGCAAGACCAGUGAGAAGUUCUUGAAUCACAGUUGACCAUCAGAGGAGUCCUGUAUCUCCCAGGAAGGGGCCAGCCUCAGUAUCCCUGCCGUGCUCAGCUGUUGGCUGGCAGCAGCCCCAUGGGAAGAGUGGCCUCACUGUGAGGGAUGUCAGAGGAUAACAGCUGGGGCCCUUGGUCAAGUACAAGCCCUGCAGUCCACUAGGAAGGCAACAAACAUUUCAAAUAUGUAAUAACUCAGGAAAUACAGUUGAUUUUCUAAAAGAAUGACAAAAGUCAAACUUCAGUCAAAGAAGACAUUACUGAUAUGAUCCAGCAAUUCCACUUCUGGAUAUUUAUCUGAAGGAAAGGAAAACACUAACUCAAAAAUGUAUCUGUACCCCCACGUUCACUGACUACAGCAUUAUUUAUAAUAGCCAAGAUAUGGAAGCAACCUAAGUGUCCACCAAUGGAUGGAUGGAUAAAGAAAAUGCGGUAUUUAUGAAACAGUCAAGGACUGGAACAAGCCCCUGGACACCCAGGGCACUCCCUCUGGGCUCAUAUCCCUUUCCCUGAAGGGCAGAGCAAGAAUCAAGGAGGAAACCCAGACUGGUUGCAACUGAUCCCAGAUGAGAUGGUCACCAAAAUUGACCUUUCACCAACUUUUCUCAUCUUAAUGCUAAAAAACAUGCCCAGAGGUAGAGACUUAACAUGCAAAUGAAACGUCCUGUGCAUGAAGAAGCAUGUUCUGUCAAAUGUACCUGUGCCCCCACUUUCCUGGGCUUCCCCACCCCUACUUGCUUAAGCAACAUUCCUUUUUCCCAUCUCGGCCCCUUUAAAACUCCCUGGCUAUUGUCUGGAGAGCCAGUAUGACACCUUAGUCAUGACUUUGUCUCCCUUCUCCUGCAGCUAUUGCCCCAAUAAAGCCUUGUCUGUACCUUUAAAUUUGGGGUCCAUCCUCAUUUCUACCAUACCUGGGUCCAAGGACCCAAGUGUGGCACCAUAUACACAAUGGAAUAUUAGCCAAAAAAAGAAAGAAAUCCUGCCAUUUCUUUGGGUGGAUCCAACAAUAUGGUUGGAUUUUGAAGGCAUCAUGCUUAAUGAAAUAUGUCAUAUAGAGAAAGGUAAAUGCCAAAUGAUCUUCCUUAUAUAUGGAAUCUGAAAUAAACAAAGAAACUCCUAGGUAGGGAGAACAGAGUGGUGGUUGCCAGAGGUGGGCAGGGGGGCAAAAUGGGUGAAGGGGGUCAAAAGGCACAAACUUCCAGCUAGAAAAUAAGUAAGUCCUGGGAUAUAAUGUACAGCAUGGUGACUACAGUUAAUAAUGCUGUAUUGUAUAUAUGAACGCUGCUAAGAGUAGCUCUUAAAACUUCUUAUGACAAGAAACAAAAUUUUGUAGCUAUGUUGGUGAUGGGUGUCAACUAGACCUAUUGCGGUGAUCAUUUCAAUAAUACAAAUAUCAAAUCUUUAUGUUGUAUACCUGAAGCUAAUACAAUGCUAUACAUCAGUUAUAUUUCAAUUAAAAAAUUAAAAAGGGUGUUUCUUGGUUUAGUCGUCUAAUAGACUUUCCCAAUGACAUUUCUGUUCGUAGACAAAGAUAUGUUGUCUAAUUUGGCAUUGCUGCUGAUAGAAAAUAAAUUAUCUGGAAAUAUUGAUUAUAACGUAUUUAGCGAUUUUACUGAAAGAAAAAAUAAAUUUCAAUAUACAAAAUAAAUUUCAAUAAAUAUACAAUACAAAUAUAUAUAAUACAGAAUUCCACGUGUCUUUAAAAGUUCUGCAAAUAUCGCCAAGCCAAAAUAGAACAUGCAGGCUCCUGUAAUAACGAACAAUUCAGUUGUCUUUGUUUUGCUAACUUUCAUCUGUAUAAAAACACAUUUCUCAGUUUUGUAUUAUGAAGGUAUACUUCUCAGGGCAGAGAGACAAUUAUUUGGCAGAUUAUGAUAACUUAAAUAUUUGGACAUGAGGAACAGUGCUCUGGUUGUGCUCUGGCCGGGGUCUCACAAGUGAUAGAAGCAAACCCACCAUCCAAAAGUAAGGAAGCCAGCCCACAGUGAACCUGGCCACAGCCCUGUGGGGUGCACCCUUGAUGCCCCCCAGGACUGGAGACGCACCCACGUGACCUCACUCUCCUCCCUCCCCAGAUCAGGAUCCUGCCCCUGCUCCCAUGUCAAUCCAUCACUCCGGGAAGAGCAGGGAGUGACCAGUGCUCGGAGGGCGGGGGGGUUGGGGGACGGGCCCCUCGGUCCUACAGGAGGGCUUGUGCCCGGCUUUGCUACAGGAAGCCUAACUCUAAGUAACACCGCCUGAUUUUGGUGUCUUCCCUGCCCAAAAUUGGCUUUAUGAAGCAAGUCAUGAAUCAGACAGCAUCUUAUCCAGCAAGUAGCGAGAUGCUCCCCCUUCUCCGCCUUUGGAAACAAAAUCCACCAGUUUGUGUGGAGAAACAUUGCCUCUUGCUGGCCCUGAAUAAUUAUGUUUCUACAGAGACCACAGGUUAAUAAAGGCCAGUGGCAGGCUGUGUGCCUGGAAACCCAGACUGCAGCUAUCACCCCUGGAGUCUGAAGAAGCCUCUUCCACCUGGGGUCCUUAUGGGGGUCACCACCCACACUCACUCUUCUCAGAUGCAAACUCCCUCUCUCGGGUCUCCUGGGUCUCACCCUCAUCUCAGCUUGUGUUGUCCAAGAUGCACUGGUAACCACUUUAUCACAGUAAUUAUGCUCCAGUGAAAGACCAGGGCCACCAGGGCCGGCAGCCACUCUGCAUCUGAACAGGGAAUAUAGGGAAGCCAAUCGUCAUGCUGGAAGGCAGACAUGGGAGGGAGAGACUGCGUGGUGCCUCAACGGGCCCAGGACCCCAAAGCCCGCUUUGAGCUCCAGAAACUGGGAGAGGCGGGAAGGAUCCUUCCCUAGAGCCUUCAGAGGGGGCACAAUCCGUCCACACCUUGACUUUGGACUUCUGGCCUCCAGAGUUGUGAGGGAAUAAAUGUCUGCUCUUUCAAACCAAAAACACAUCAGUACCAGGGGCCAGUGACACGCAACGAAUGACAUGAAGUUUGAGGCCGACUUGAACCAAAGUGUCACCUCAGCUGAGAUCCGUUGGCCAGUUCAGGCCUUGUAAGAAUGUGCUCAGCUCAGGCCACUAAAAACAUAUUUCAAAUAAAGGAAGGAAAAAAAAGAGGAGGACUAUGUGUCCAUCAUAAUUCACCUUAAAUUUGAAUUCUGUGAAAUGCACAUCAACAGAAGCAUUUCCUGGCUUUUUCUUCUGAAUUUGCUAAGCCACCUGAUGACCAUGGAUAAAGGGGAUCCCACAGAGGGAAACGUACCGGAGCUGAUUGUUAAUUUGGGGGAAUGUUGUGAGCCCUUUCUCAACACAGCCACUAUUAAAUAUUAAAUAUGUGUACAACAAUAUAAAUGUACCUAAUGCCACUGAACUGUAUACUUAAAAAUGGCUAAAAUGGUAAGUUUUUGUUAAGUAUGCAUUAACACAAUAAAACAUUUUUAAUCAAGGGGCGCCUGGGUGGCUCAGUCACUUAAGCCGCCAACUUUGGCCCAGGUCAUGAUCUCACGGUUCAUGAGUUUGAGCCCUGAGUCAGGCUCUGUGCCAACAGCUCAGAGCCUGGAGCCUGCUUCGGAUUCUGUGUCCCCCUCUCUCUCUCUCUGCCCCUCUUCCACUCGUGCUGUCUCUCUCUCUCAAAAAUAAACAUUUAAAAAUGUUUUCUUAAUUUUUAAUCAAGAAAAAAUAUAACCUGGGGCACCUGAGUAGCUCAGUUAGUUACGCCUCCAACUCAUGGUUUCCGCUCAGGUCAUGAUCUCAAAAUUCAUGAGUUUGAGCCCCGUAUGGGGUUCCACACUGCUAACUGUGUGGAGCCUAAUGAGAUUCUCUCUCUCUCCCUCUCUCUCUGCCCCUCCCCCCCAGCACUGUAAAUAAAUAAAUACAUACAUACAUAAACCUAAAAAAAAAGAAAAAUAUAACCUUACAAUAAAUUAUAUUAAAAAGGAAGAAAGCUCGUCUCUGCCUACAUAGUUUACCACGUAUUACUAUUAUCUGUGCUCUUGACGUUAUUUAUGCUGUUGCAUCUGCAUGGUGGGAAUAACGUAGAAGCACCUGCCGCUGUGCAUUUCUUCUUGGCUCAAAUUCAGUGACUUCACAUCGGGAGUCGUAUUAGUCUGCUCGGGCUGCCAUGAUGAAAUGCCACAGACCGGGUGACUUAAAUAGCAGGAAUUUCUCUCAGUUCUGGAGUGCGGGAAGUCCAAGAUCAAGGUUUGGCAGGGUAGGUUGUGUCCUGAGGUCACCGCCUGUAGCUUGUAGGCGGCGCCAUCUUGCUAUGUGUUCACAAGGCCUUCCCUCAGCAUGUGCGUGUGGAGAC